CACAAACCUACUAAACCUAGUUUAGUUUAACCUAAAACAUUAGCGGUGUUAUAUCACAAACGACACUUUUGUGUAACCGUAGAGAAUUGUUACCUUAGUAACACACACUACACUACUAGUACAAAAACACACCUUUUCUCUACGUUCUUCAUUCUUCUCUCUAUUACCCUUUUGAUCCAUUCUCAUGGUUUCACCCUUCUAUCCUUUCAAUUCAAUCUAGUUUCUCCAAAUCCAAACCCCUUUUUCUCAGAUCUCAAUUGGGUUAUGGAAAUGGCUUCUAGCCCUCGUACCGUUGAAGAGAUCUUCAAAGAUUACAGCGCUCGUAGAAUCGCAGUUGUUCGUGCUCUCACUCAAGAUGUUGAUGAAUUUUACGGUCUCUGUGAUCCAGAUAAGGAUAAUUUGUGCCUCUAUGGUCAUAAUAAUGAAAGCUGGGAAGUAACUCUGCCAGCAGAGGAAGUUCCGCCGGAACUCCCUGAGCCAGCUCUUGGAAUCAAUUUUGCUCGAGACGGCAUGAACCGUAGGGAUUGGCUUUCUCUUGUUGCUGUGCACAGUGAUUCAUGGUUGCUUUCUGUGGCCUUCUAUCUCGGAGCUCGUCUUAACCGCAAUGAAAGGAAACGUUUGUUUAGUUUGAUCAACGAACUUCCUACUGUUUUCGAAAUCGUGACCGACAGGAAACCAAUUAAGGACAACAAGCCAGCAGCAGACAGCGGAAGUAAAUCCCGAGGAAGCACCAAGAGAUCCAGUGACGGGCAAGUCAAAAGCAACCCAAAGUUUCCUGUGGAUGAUGGUUAUGAGGAGGAGGAGGAAGACGAGCACAGUGAAACACUUUGCGGGAGCUGUGGCGGUAAUUACAAUGCCGACGAGUUUUGGAUUGGUUGUGAUAUAUGUGAGAGGUGGUACCAUGGGAAAUGUGUGAAGAUCACUCCUGCGAAGGCCGAGAGCAUAAAGCAAUACAAGUGCCCUCAAUGCAGCAUCAGGCGGAACAGACCCUAGUUUCAAAGGCAAUUUGGAAGAAUACAUAUAUGUCAGAAGUGAAUGAUGUUUCAUGGCUGAAAAGGAUACUUGACUUUUGUUAUUACAUUACUUAGAGAAGUUCAUGUUAUACUCUUUUAAGUUUGACUUUAGUAGGGAGAAAAUCAAACAAUUUUUCUCAAGUUUUAUUCAUGUUUUCUUUUUGUCACUUCAUUGCAAGUAUGAUCCAUUUUUCCCUAACCAACAUGGAAGAGGAUCCUCCAUUGAUGAAUUUGAACAUACCCAAAAACUUGAUAACAAAA